UUCUGCACAUACUACACCCCGUGAAGUCGUUGGGAUUAAGAGCUUCUUUUGCAAUCAGUUGAUAAUGGCCUUCUAAUUCUGCUCGGUGGCCCACUUUGUCUUCGAUUGCUUAACCCCAAGCUUGGCCCGCCCUCCCGUGGCCUGCUAAAUAAUUGACAAGCUCUCCUCCCCUGGCUGGUGUGUGCCUCUCCAUCUUUCCAUCCUCUUUGUAGUGUCUCUCAUUAGGUUUUCCAUCCUCGCCGGCCUCCCUCACUCUCAGCAUGUCGUGUUUCCAUCCGCUGCCAGACAAUCAUCAAAAGUCUGUUGUGUACUUUAUUAUUUUUUUUCCCAAGUUCGAGUGUGCAGAGCCAUGAAGGGGUUCCUCUUCCUCUUCCUGGCCGUGCCAGCCGUGUGCUCCCGCUCUCACAGCAACUGGUGUGAGCCGGGUUGCGAGUGUCGCAGGGACGUCAGAUUGACCAUCUGUUCAGCAGCCUUCUUCACCGAGCUCCCGGCCAGAGUCCCGUCCAACACGGAACUACUGGAGCUGUCCCACAACCGCAUCGUCGUCAUCCCCGAGUGCUCGUUCAACAAGAACCGCAAGCUGCGUGUGCUCCUGUUGCAGAACAACAACAUCAGCGUGGUGCAGGACGGCGCCUUCUCACUACUGGAGUUCCUGCAGAAGCUGGACCUAAGCUGGAACCUGAUCUCCUCCCUGGGCAAGGGUUUCUCACUGGGUUUGGCCUUCCUGCGGGAACUGAGCUUGGCUCACAACUCACUGAGCAGCCUGGACAGCAGUAGCUUCAUGCACCUGGACAAUCUGCAGAAGUUGAACCUGAGCUACAACAGCAUCCUCACCAUCCAGGUCAGAUCUUUUGCUUCGAUGAGCAGCUUGCGACAUCUGCACCUAGAGGGCAACCGGCUGACUUCUCUGAAAAGCGGCAUCUUCUCCAUGCUGCGCUCACUGGAGCUCCUCAAUUUGGCCGACAACUUCAUAAAUGAGACGCAGGUGGGCAUCUUCAAACCGCUCGCCAGCGUGACCCUGCUCAACCUGGCUAACAACCAUUUGACCACCGUCCACUUCAAGACCUUCCUGAGCCUCCACACCUACAGCACCCACAUCCUGCUAGAGGGAAACCCCUGGAAUUGCGACUGUGACCUACAAAGAGUUUUCCGGAAGCUGAGGAGCAUCCAGAGACUCUUCCUGGACGAUUACUACAACCUGACGUGCGCUGAGCCCGAGGUGCUGCGUGACUAUCGGUUGAGCCUGGUGGACACAGAACUGUGCAUUGCCGAAACUGUCACCGUGCUCAUCAUCACCGUCACUGUGGUCAUAACGGUGCUGGCAGCCAUGCUGAUGGGGGAGAGGAAGAGGAAAAGAAAGAAGAGAAGGAAGCACUGGACGCAGCAGGGACAACUAUCGGACGAGUCAGACUACUGACCUUAAACCUUUCCAUUUUUCGUGAUAGUGACUGAUGAGAGAGGUUUUCCAAGUACGAGGUGUCAAUUGAUUGAUUUGUUUUGCAAACCAAAAUUUGAGACACAAGCAAGUUUCAUUUUCGAGGAGCUCGCAGUUAAAAUCGUUAAAAUCGUAGAGGAGUGAUCCAAGAAGAAGUUCAUUCUUGACUGAUAACUGGAAACCACAUCGUAGGACCACAAAAUAACUGCACUUUUUAAAUUCCAGCUCAUGGCUACAUUUUAUUGGAAUGUAUUGAACCUGUUUUGGUGUCACCAUCUUGUUUGCUUUACCUGCUUAUUUGUAAAUAAAUAAUAUAUAAAUAAAUAAUAUUUAU